GGCGGGUUGUUCGUCUGGUCGGAUGCUCGAGGAGAGGCAUUCACGAAGCUGAAGCAGGCGGUAGCCGGUGCGUCGCUGCUCCACAAGCCAGUUCCAGGAGCGCCGAUCAUCAUCGAAACAGAUGCCUCCGAGGUUGGCAUUGGCGCGGUGUUGAAGCAGGUGCAGGAGGGUAGAGAGGUCCCGUUAGAGUUCGCGUCUAAGAAGUUCACCGACGCGGGGGGAAAGUGGGAUACGAGAGAGAGAGAGCUCUUCGCCGUCAAGUGGGCUGUAGAGAAGUGGUGCGACUGCGUAGAGAAGUGGUGCGACUACCUAGCGCUCCAUCAUUUCACCGUACGCACAGAUCAUGCCAACCUACGCUACCUUGUGGGAGUAGACAAAGGGAAGGUGUUCCGCUGGGCGCUGGCGCUCUGCAGGUUCGACUUCACCUUAGAGUCCCUGUCGGGAGAGAAGAAUAACAUGGCGGACUGGUUGUCGCGGUACGCAGCGGAGGAUGAAGAGUGCUACGCAGAGAUCGAGGCAAUGGCAGCUGGAGCCGCAAGGAGUGCCUGGAGUGAAGAAGGAUGGCAAGUGGUGGCGGCAGGCCAUGACUGGCAAGGUGCACGUCCCGGAGCGACUGAGAGCGAAGGUGGUACUGAACUUUCACUAUGGCACCAGUGGGCACGCGGGAGUACUCAAGAAGCCAGCAUGUUCUACUGGCCCGGACGUUGCGAAAGUGGUAAGAGAUUGCCUGAUAUGUGCCCGGACUCGAACGAGAGCUCGGCUGACGCACAACGUGCCGAAGGGGGGUCUGGAGAAUCCGAGCGCGAUGGACACUGUAAGCCUGGACCACGUGGGACCAUCUGA